AUGACGGCAGACGAUCACAGCCCGAUUAGUCGCAAAAAUACAAGUUGCACCUGCGGAUGGGACGUAAAGUUCGGUUAUGGCGUGGCAUACACGCUAGCCGUCUUCGAGGCGAAACGUCUCUUCGUAAUCGCCUUGGAAAUAUUCGCAGAAUGGCAGGUGAUCCAAUUCGCAGGUGGUUUCCAGCCAAUCGCCCUCAUCUUGGCGGAAGUGACUUUAGGAUUGCCAUGUGCCCUUAUAACAGUACGCACCAUACGCAGGCGUAAUUUACCAAGAUUUCGUACAAAGACUAAGUUAGUGCUAAGAUGUCUUUUGAUAAUAAUAAUUAUGUGUACCGCUAUGAACACGGCGGCCUUAGCCUCAAUAGGGUAUCAUGUCAGUGUAAGACAGAAGACGCUGGUCGACGUCUUCAACACAUCCAUGCGCCUAUAUGUUAGUGUAAAGUCGUACAAAUAUGCGAUCGACGAGAUCCAAUUCGUACUACAAUGUUGUGGUCACACGUCUUAUACCGACUGGUUUCUUUUUGACUGGCAGAAAGUGGAUUAUGCGUCUCGGGAAGAAAUGGCAGGACAAAACAGAAUCUCGGACGAGGAUUAUAGAGAUCUUGGAGUUCCUUUUAGCUGCUGUAAUUUGCGCGUUGUGGCACCCUGUAUGCACAUGCAGAUAAUAGAUGACAAAACAAUAAACGUGAACGGCUGCGCGGAAAUCAUCAGCCCCAUUCUUUUCAGAAUCGUCAUAGUCGCUUACGUCAUGACUAGCACUUUAAUCAUUAUACAAGUGUUACUAGUCUUUUUAAUUACAAGAAUGGCCUGCAGAUUCGUACCUCUCCAAACGUCCUCUUCCCAGGUAAGAUGUACCGCUGCACCAUUCACCACUAUAAGCACACUUCCAAGGACUUAUGUACAACGAUUUUCUUCGGUUGAGAAAUCCAUCUGGCGUAAAAGAAUGAUGCAUCGUCAUCCAUUGUCCACAAAUGAUGUCUGCAUCAAGGAAAACAGAAAACAUAGACUGCCUAAACGUAGUUGUUCUAUUUUGAAUUACAAAAAUUGCAAUACUUGGGACGUAGCAAAAAUAAAACCGAGCGUUCACGAAGAACAUAGAAUAUCCGUGGAAAGUCUUCGCAGCAAAUGUACACGUUGAAACUCCUGCUAAUGAUUCAUAGAUCCACAUAGCCAUUAUAACGACUUUCUGAUAAACUGCGCAUUAACGACGGUAAAAUACUAAUUGCAAUCAGAGGUAAGUCAUGUCGCU